AUGAAAUCCCAACAAUUAUUCUUUGUGACUCUUGGUCUCUUGGCCUUUAUUAUGUCGAUUAAUUCUUUUGUAUCAGCUGGUAUUUUUGAUUUAAAGGCUAUGCCUAUGAAUGAUUCUGAUACAAAUCAAAUGGUACAAUUUAAUUGGACAAAAGAUGAUGCUAUCGCUCAACAAAUUAAUGCUAGUUCAACUGAUCCACCGGCCGGUACUUCAACUGAUACACCAGCUGGUACUUCAACCGAUACACCGGCUGGUGUUUCAACUGAUACACCAUCAAUCAAUGCGGCAGCUACCCCUGAUAAUGCGACGGCACAAACUACACCGGCUUCUUCAUCUGUUCCACAAGCUAUUCCAGAUAAUACAACAGAUUCCACAGCUGCUCAAUCUACUCAAACUUCCUCACCUCCUACUAAAAGAAAUUAUGUUUCAAAAAGAAGUUAUAAUUCAAAAAGAAGUAGCAAAUCAAGCAAAUCAUCAAGCGAUAAAUCCAUUUCGGAAAUUACAAUGAUGGAAGUCUUAGGUAUGAUUUCGGUAAAUCUUGGAACUCUUGGAACUCUCGAUAUGGUUCUGGAUCUUGGAGGAAUAAUUACGGAAGUAACUACGAUGACAGUUAUGACAGUUCUUACGAUUCGUACGAUGGUUCUUACGAUGGUUCUUACGACGGUUCUUACGAUGAUUCUUACGAUGGUUCUUACGAUGGUUCUUACGAUAAUAGCCGUUCUAAAUCAUCUAAAUCCUACGGCGGUAGCAGUUAUAAAUCAAGGUCCUACGGCGGUAGCAGUGAUAAAUCUAGUUCCUACGGCAAUAGCCGUAAAUCCAAUUCCUACGGCGAUAGUAGGGGGGAUAGUAGGAAUAGUAAGGACAUUUCAGUAA